AAAAUCUCGAUUUACAGAGCGCGUCCGCCAUUUUUGAUGCGUCAAAGUGGGGAUGUUGUGAGCCCUAAGUUAAUUUUACAAAAAAUUUACGAAAGUGCCCGUAUUUUUUUCAAUUGGACCCCAAUUAGCGCAACAAAGGCCAAUCGUCGACGUUUCUGCGAUAAGAAUUGAGCCGCCAGUGAAAGUGUUUAUGUGCAAUCAAAAUAAGAAGACUGCUGGUCAGCUCCUAUCUGGAAUCUAGCAGCGUGGCUCUUUGUUUCUGCCGCCACGACAAGUUCGUUUAAUGGUCGGCGCCUUGAUGUGCGACAAUGAAGCCGAUGGUGCCUCCAGGAGCGUAACGUAAAUAGAAAAAAAGGAUCCAGUGAAGAAGGAAGAAAAAGGGUCGUACCUAGGUCGCGGUUGUGUAGCGUAGGGGCGCGACGGUAACGCGCAGCAUCGCGGGUGCCUCGCUCUAUGACGUGGCAGCCGAGCGCCGCCUGAGCAGUGCAGUGCGUGCUCGCCACCGCCCGCGAUAAAUGGACAAGCGUAAAAUGAUGGCGAAACGGCCCAGGUUCGAACCGCGCGGACCCAUCUCCAACGGCCCGAUGCAGGCGCGCCCCCUCGUGGCGCUGCUGGACGGCCGCGACUGCUCCAUCGAGAUGCCCAUCCUCAAGGACGUGGCCACGGUGGCCUUCUGCGACGCGCAGAGCACCAGCGAGAUCCACGAAAAGGUGCUGAACGAGGCCGUGGGCGCGCUCAUGUGGCACACCAUCAUCCUCACCAAGGAGGACCUGGAGAAGUUCAAGACGCUGCGCAUCAUCGUGCGCAUCGGCAGCGGCGUCGACAACAUCGACGUCAAGGCGGCGGGAGAGCUGGGCAUCGCCGUGUGCAACGUGCCCGGAUACGGCGUCGAGGAGGUCGCCGACACCACGCUCUGCCUCAUCCUUAACCUCUACAGGCGCACCUACUGGCUGGCCAACAUGGUGCGCGAGGGAAAGAAGUUCACGGGGCCUGAACAGGUGCGCGAGGCAGCGCAAGGAUGCGCUCGCAUACGCGGCGACACAUUGGGUAUCGUGGGACUUGGACGCAUCGGCUCGGCCGUUGCCUUGCGUGCCAAGGCAUUCGGCUUCAACGUCAUUUUCUACGACCCCUACCUGCCCGACGGCAUAGAGAAGAGUCUAGGCCUGACGCGCGUCUACACCCUGCAGGACUUGCUGUUCCAGUCGGACUGUGUGUCGUUGCAUUGCACGCUCAACGAGCACAACCACCACCUCAUCAACGAGUUCACCAUCAAGCAGAUGCGGCCGGGCGCCUUCCUGGUGAACACGGCGCGCGGCGGCCUCGUCGACGACGAUUCCCUCGCUCAGGCCCUCAAGCAGGGCCGAAUCCGCGCGGCAGCUCUCGACGUGCACGAGAACGAGCCCUACAACGUGUUCAGCGGGCCGCUCAAGGACGCGCCCAAUCUGCUCUGCACGCCGCACGCAGCCUUCUACAGCGACGCCAGCGCCACGGAGCUACGAGAGAUGGCGGCCAGCGAGAUCAGGCGCGCCAUCAUGGGACGCAUCCCGGAGUGUCUGCGCAACUGCGUCAACAAGGAGUAUUUCAUGGGACCAGGCUCCUACCCCGAAGGUACAGUGUCACCGGCCGGAGUUAACGGCGGUUACUACCAGAGCGCGCUGCCCGUACAGCAAGCGCACUCGACGACGCCGCACGAGGCUCCCCACGCAGUCACGCCCAGCGCGGCGCCUCCCACGCCUCAACCGGCGCCUCCCGUGGGGCCCGUGGCCGUGCCGCCGCACGCCCUCCCAAUCAGCGCGCCCGAAGCCGCGGCCAACCACCACCCGCCCAAGCCCGAGCCGUCGGAGGUGCACUAACGUCGCGGAGGCGCCGCCCUGCCCCCGCCUUCAGAUUCAUCGUCACGCGCGUCAUACGUCAUCGUUAUGGUCGUCAUGUUUUCGUUUGGGCCGCCAUCAGCGGCGGCAUACAUAUCGAGACGAGUCUAUCUUCACACACAUCACACAAACCCAAAACACACUUAGUUGUUCGGUUUCUGCUCGUUCUGGUUCUGUUAUUAGUUCUCGGGGGGGGACGAAACGGCCCCCUCUAAUUUUUUCUCAUCCUGUAAAAAUGUGCUUGGUUUUGUAUUUCCCGCGCGCGUGUCUCCGCGCCGGUCUCUUUUAUUUUUAGUGCGUAGUACAUUUAAUCAAAGGAAAAAACGCAAAAAAAAACAAAUAAAAAAAGUAAAAAUAAAAUUGUUCAGCAUUAAAUAGUAUAUAAAUGUAAAUCAUUUAGUUUUAAUUUACUACACCACUGAUACAUAGUGCAUUAUUUUCAUUUUUUCUCUUCUCUUUUACUUAAAUAGGAAAUUUUUUUGGUAUUACUGAUAUUAACGUUCGAUUUUUUUUUGUUGUUCAGUUUUUCCAUUUUUUUUUUUUUAAGUUUUCUCUGUUCGGUGAUUUAUAGGUUAUGAGCUGCCACGUUGUACGAAUGGAUAAAAAAAAAGCUAGCCCGAUACUUUAAUCUAAACGUGUUAAAGAUCUUAGAGUGUAAUAAUUAUAUAUAUUAUAUAUAUAAAAAAUGGUACAAAGUUGGCGUUUUAUUUUGUCCAACAUUUAACAGAUUUUAACUUUUUUAAAUUUUAUUUUUAAAUGGAUCCCUAUACAUGGUAUCCUAAAUAAGUGCAAUGUUUUAACCAGUAGUAUAUUUCUACCCCAGAAACACAUCCAUAAUAUCUUUUAAAUGUUGAAAAUUUUUCAUUUUUAUCUUAUAAAACUAAAACCGUAUAUUAGCCGCGGAAAUAAAAAAAAAGUGAAGCUUCGAUAAUGUGGGACAAAAUAAAAUGCUUGCGCUGUACAUAAAUAAUUAUUGAAGGACUUUUUGCGAAGCGUCAAGUUAAAUUGAACAGAAAAAAAUAAGCCCCGAAGAGGGGGGAGCCUAGUAAUACUAUCACAUUCCUAGACUGUCGAGAAGUGUGUGCUACGCUCAGUAUAUUUUUGUAAAAAAAACGAACCCACGUCGACGAGCGCCAAAAACUAGAAAAAUUUGAUUAAAAAUGGCGAAGUCGGGCUUUCCCCCUCCAGGUUUUUGACAGUGACACACAAACGGACAGUUGUUUAGGGCUAAUGGACUUCCACAAAAAUUUUCAAAAUAAAUAUAUGAAAAUAACUGCUGUGGUUUUAAUUUUAGCGAUAUAAUAGUAAUAUAAACAAAACAAAAAAAAA